UGGGGCGGGCGUCCACGAGAGAGCGACCGCGGCGGCUUUCCCGGCGUGAGCCCCUGCGCCGCACAGCUCCUCCCUCCUCUGCCUACCACUGAGUUUGCUGGAUGAUCAAAGGGGGUUCCAAGGCAGCCCAGGAAAAAGCCUCCACAGCAAGCAGCACUUCCUUGCCUGUCCAGACCAGGAACUAACAGAGCCCUGAGUCUGGCACCCUGGCCAUGUGCAGCCCUGAGGAGGCAGCCCUGCUGCGGCUGGAGGAGGUCUUCUCAGCCACACUCACACGCAUCAACAGCUUUGUCCUCCAGCCCCUUCUGGAGGCCGCUCCAGAGCCCUCAGAUCCCUGGGGCAGAGAGUGCCUACAGCUCCUGCAGCAGCUGCACAGGAGCUCCCAGCAGCUGUGGGAGGUGACGGAGGAAAGCCUGCACUCACUGCAGGAGAGGCUGCGCCACCCGGACUCCAUCAGUCUGGAAUCCCUGCUGCUGCUGCACAGCGCUGACCGUGUCCUGCAAGUCCACGUGGAGUACAUCGAGUCCUACACAAGCUGCGUGGCAGUGCAGGCCUUUCAGAAGGCAGUAAAGAGGAGGAGCGAGUACUGGCAGGGCCAGCGGAAGGCGCUGCGGCAGCUCCUGUUGGGCAUGAGCUCAGAGGGCUCGGUGGGCGCAGCGCUGGUCCAGGCUCUCCGCCAGCCACUCACCCAUCAUGUGCAGCAGUGCGUGCUCCUCCUGCUGAGCCUCGGGGACACUGUCGGGGAGCGUCACCCCACCUGGGAGCUGUUGGUGCACGCAGCCACCGUCUUUGGGAACUUGCAGUCCUUCAUGAGGCAGGAGCUGGACCAGGCCAUGGCCACGCAGGCCCUCUGGCACACUCUGAGCAGUCGGCUGCGGGAUGUGCUCUGUACCCCCGCUCACCGACUCUUGCAAGACAGCCAGGACAUACCUGUGACGGUCACCCCGCUGAGGGCAGAGCGUGUGCUGCUCUUUGAUGAUGCCCUUGUCCUGCUACAGGGUCACAGUGUCCACACCUUUGAUCUGAAGCUGGUGUGGGUGGAACCUGGGCAGGACGGGUGCAGGUUUCACCUCCUCACUCCUGAGGAAGAGUUCUCCUUGUGCUCCAAGGACCCGCAGGGCCGGGUGGUCUGGCAGUGGAAGGUCACCCAGGCUGUGUGCCAGACCUUGCGUGGGAAGAAGGACUUCCCGGUGCUGGGGGCGGGCCUGGAGCCUUCUGAACCCCCCACCUGCCGCUGUGGAGCAUACACCUUCCGUGCGGAGGGCCGCUUCAGCCAGGCCACCUAUGAGGGCGAGUGGUACUGGGGCAGGCCCCAUGGCAAGGGAACCCUGAAGUGGCCAGACGGGCGGAAUCAUGUGGGGGAUUUCUGCCAGGGCCUGGAGCACGGCUUUGGCAUCCGCCUGGUGCCCCAGGCCUCCGAGGAUAAGUUUGACUGUUACAAGUGCCACUGGCGGGAAGGCAGCAUGUGCGGCUAUGGCAUCUGUGAGUACAGCACCAGCAAGGUGUACAAGGGCUACUUUCAGGAAGGCCUGCGGCAUGGAUUUGGGGUCCUUGAGAGCACCCCGCAGACCCCUCAGCCCUACAGGUACACGGGCCACUGGGAAAGGGGCCGGAGGAGUGGCUAUGGCAUCGAGGAGGACGGCGACAGGGGUGAACGCUAUAUUGGCAUGUGGCAGGCUGACCAGCGCCAUGGCCCAGGGGUCAUGGUCACCCAGGCGGGUGUCUGCUACCAGGGGACCUUCCAGGCAGACAAGAUGGUGGGCCCAGGGAUCCUUCUCACUGAAGAUGACUACUUGCAUGAGGGCACCUUCACCAGGGACCUGACCCUCGUAGGGAAGGGCAAGAUCACAUUCCCUAAUGGCUUCACCCUGGAGGGCUCUUUUGGCAGUGGGGCAGGGAGAGGACUGCAUACCCAGGGUGUGCUGGACACAGCUGCCCUCCCUCCAGAUCCAGGCAGUACCUGCAAGAGGCAGCUGGGCCUGGGCGUCUUCCCCGUGGAGAGCCGCUGGCAGGGCAUCUAUGGCCCCUUCCAGGACUUUGUUCAAGCCGGCUGCCCUGGAGACCUGCAGGAGGCCCUGCUGGGCUUCCACGUGCAGAGCUCAAGGGAGCUGCGCAAAUCCCAGGAGUACCUGUGCUGCGAGAGGACCCACCCCGAGGACCACGCAGGCAGGAUGGAGGACAUCCUGGAGGAGCUGCUGCAGCACCGGGCGCCCGAGGCCCUGCAGCAGUGCCUCAGGAAGGCCCUGAACAACUCUCUGCAUCCCCUGGGAAAGCUGCUCCGGACUCUGAUGCUGACCUUCCAGGCCACAUACUCGGGCAUUGGGGCCAAUAAGCACCUGCAGGGGCUGGCGCAGGAAGAGGUGAAGCAGCACGCCCAGGAACUCUGGGCCGCCUACAGGGGUCUGCUGCAGGUUGCCUUACAGUGCAAGGGCCAGGCCCCAGAGGAAGAUGAAGAUGCAGAGACAAGGGACCUGCACGUGCACAGAUUGGUGCUACCCCUUGUCCUGUCCAGCUUCUACUCGGAGCUCUUCACUCUCUACCUGCUUCUUCAUGAGAGGGAGGACAGCCUCUACAGACAGGGCAUUGCCAACCUUAGCCUCUUCCCCGACACCAAGCUGCUUGAGUUCCUGGACGUACAGAAGCACCUGUGGCCCCUCAAGGACCUCACGCUGACGACCAAUCAGCCUCCUGGAGACCAUUUACCCCACUUUACAAGAUACUCCCUGGUCAGAGACAAGUGCUUCCUGUCAGCUACGGAAUGUCUGCAGAAGAUGAUCACCACGGUGGACCCCCGGGAGAAGCUGGAGGUGCUGGAGAGGACAUACGGGGAAAUUGAGGCCACUGUGUCGCGGGUGCUCGGCCAGGAGCACAAGCUGCCCAUGGACGACCUGCUGCCGCUGCUCAUCUACGUGGUGUCGCGUGCCCAAAUCCAGCACCUGGGAGCCGAGAUCCACCUGAUCCGUGAUAUGAUGGCCCCUAUCCACACAGGAGGCCUGUAUGACUUCUUGCUCACGGCCCUGGAGUCCUGUUAUGAGCACAUCCAGAAGGAGGACAUGAGGCUGCAUCGCUUGCCCAGCCGCUAGAACUCCAGGGAGCUGUGGUAGCUCGGCUUCUCCUGGACAAACCACAGAGCUGAGAGGGGCUGCCGUGGAAUUCCCGUGGAGUGAGCGUGGCCCACUCUGGCCCUUGUGGCCCACAGGACAGAAGGCAGGAUGAGCCCUGGAGGUGGCUCCUGGGGGAGAUGAGCGUUUAAUUUCUCGCAGGGAGAUGCUGCUGCUGUCCUGACUGGGAGGAAGGUGAGGGUGGUGGGUGGGGCCCCAGAGCUGGUGGCUUCCCCUCCCCCUGCCCCCUGCCACUCUCCAGGCCAGCCUCGGAUGACCUUCUUGACCUGCAGCCGCUCAUGGACUGGGGGCAAGGAGCCCCUGGCCUCUCCUUGCCUCCCAGUUAUUGAGCCUCUCUGGGCCUCAGUGUUACCAUCUGUAAAAUGGUGGACUACAUGGUCUGUAAAGGGCCUUCCAUCCA